AUGCUUGUUCCCAGGUCUUUACACCUUCAUUUCAUAGCAUGUGCUCUUGCAUCUGGAGGCCUAUUGGCCUUCCUUGGGGUCCUUGACUUCUUGAUGUUUUCUUCCUUCCUGGAACACCGAAAAUUUGACAUUGCACACAUCAAAUCCACAACACAGAUUUUAUCAUUUGUCCCUCAACUUAUCAUUGUGUUGCUGCUUGCUCUGCUUUCAUAUGGGAUCCAGACAAUUGCAGUCCACCUCACAAUCCAGCGAUGUCAACUGGUUCUUGCACUCCAUGACAAUGUUGAGGCCUGCUAUCUCUACAAGCAGAGGAGCCAUGGUGUUGCUAGUUGGCCCAGGGGAGUAAAUGAUACAAUUCUUUUUGGUACAAUGGAUCAAAAUUUGGAAGGCAUUGUGUUUGAAGAUCACAUGGGUCUUAAAUUGAGUGCCAAAUGUGGAAUUAUUCCCCAGUCUGGGGAUCAUUUUGAUUUCAGAUACUAUAGAGGGAGAAUACAGGAUUAUCCAGAUGGUGGAAGGAUAUUGUUUUCUCUAGGCCCCAAGUUUACUCCUAUUCCUGGAUCCACACUGCACUAUAUGAAUACUUAUGUAAAUGUCAUAAAUGUAAUGAAUAAGAGCAUGGGUACUUUUGUGCUUGGUGGUGAGAAGCCUACCCCAGCUUCACCACCACCAUUCUCAUUUCUUCUCAAUGAAGAGGACACUGGAGUUCCCAUGCAAGGGAGUGAUUUUGUGGUGGCACUUGUUACCACAAAAAACUAUGUACUGGGGAAUGACAGGCGAGGCUCUCCCAUUCAGCUUACAAAGGAGGUUCAGGUGUAUACAUCUCUGCCAAUCACUCCAUCAACUAAGCACAACAUCUCCUUGGAAUCUGUCAACAUCACAUUCAAUAUAUGGCCAAUUGGCUGUGCAAUGUAUACACAAAAUCUAACUGCACAUGUGUCAGGAUCUGACCAGAAACUGCUGGGAAUUUCAGAUAUACAUGGAUACAACUCUGAACCAAGGCACCUUGAUUACCCCUUUGAACGCAAGUCAGAUCCAGCCAACCUUGUGGAGGAAUAUUUUGGCUUCAUGUUGUUUUUAACUUACUUUGAUGAAUAUGUAUUGGAAGAUCACCAGUUUGGAAGUCUUGGAAGGAGGUGGGGUGGACUGUGGGGAAUGCCACCUUUUGGGCAGGCCAUGCUUUCAGCUCUGACAUCAACUCCUCUGAAUUCCAAAUUCCCAUCAUUGAAUUUAUCAAGCCUAGAGCUGCAACUCACCUCAUAUUAUGCCCUUACAUUAGGUGUUCUUCUCAUGAAUUGGCAUGUGGACUCACUCUAUAAUCCUAAUGGGAGUUGGACACCAAUUUACUACAAUACAAGUGGAACACACCAUUUUAUCCAAGCCAUCACCCACAUUGCCUACAUCCCUCUGACUAUUGUCACUGUGUUCUCUGCAUGCCUUAUGUUGGUCUCCUUCUUCAUUAUCCAGGAUGCAUUGAUUGUGCGCACAGUAGUUGAUGCAGAUUGGCAAUGCCAGCAGGUUGUCCAUGAUGGCAGCUUAUUUGACAUGAUAUCUCUACUUGCUGGCUCUCAUUCUAACACUAGCUCUAUGUCAUGUUGCUGUCCCCAACACAAUGAUUACCUAGACUAUGGGCAUAUAGUCAGUGCAAUCACUGAAUAUUCAGAAGGACAUCUUGUCCUCCAAGCCCAAUCCACCAUUCUGCCUUUGGGGGCACAUCAAAUAAAUGGAUUGCAUAAUGGGAUGUGGACUCAAGAAGGCUUGGGGGGAGGAUCAGAUGCUAAGCUUCCCCGUGCCACUAAUGCAAUGGGCCUAUGGGUUAUUGGCACAGCAGGGGUGUUUGCACUAAUUUCUUUCCAUGGCUGCCUGGUUGCUUUGUCCAUGGUGCAUGUUUUGGACCAUUUAUACUUUGAUGUCAAGCACCUGGGCAUUAUGAACCAGAUCCUGCUGACAUCUGAAGAGAGUUUUACUGUUAUAGUGUCAGCAUUAGUCACUCUGUCCAUUUCAUCACUUGCCUGUGAUGCCUCACUUCAAAAAAGAAUGCCUUUGGGGGCAUUGCACUACAUGCUAGCUGCCUGGCGUCAAGGGCUUGGCUUCUGCAUUUUCUCCCUUGCAAAGUUUUCAACAAUUCUCAGUCAACUCCAAUUGACUUGGGUUUUUGUUUUCUUUGUUGGGAUCAUGGUCACACAUGUUGCAACACCAGCUAUUGUGACAACAGAAGUAUUCAAUGCUUCAAUCUCCACACAAUUUACAGUUGAUAGAAUUCCAGGGCUCUGGAGUGACAUCUCAUUUUCUUCCAAGUUUGUUGAUGACAUUGCAGAUGUUCUUGCAGCAGCUGCAUAUGUACUUGACUAUACCUCAUUUGGCCUCAGAAACAUUGGGAGUCCUCUUGGUUCAAAUGAAACCAUACUCAAUGCUUCAGGCCCCUAUGGGGGGAUUUUCAUUGAUCCAUUUGCAACAAAGUACACUACAUCAUGCAGUAUAGUCCCUCAACCAACAUAUCCAUAUACUGGGUACUCAGUGCUUGAGAAUCAGACUGGAGUGCUUUCCCUGGCCCGCAUUGCUCAAAGUCCACAUGUGCUUCUGGACAGAGGAGUGCCAUUGACAGGCUCCUAUGCUCUUACCUUUCCAAUGCAAAUAUGGACAUAUAUUCAGAAUGAUAGCAUUUCAUCAAGUGAACUAGGCCACUACAUCAAUAAAACAAAGAAGCUGGAGACUGUGAACGUUACAUUAUAUGUUUGGCCUAUUGCAUGUGCACUUCAUGUACUCAAUGGGACAGCUGUAGUGACUUCAGAUAAUAAGUUGAAGUCAUUUAUCCCAGCUCUGGCAGAAAUUCCUAAACCACCACCAGGAUACAUAUGGCCAAAAGAACCAACUCACAUCAUAGAGAAGAUCUGGGGGGGCCUGAUAUAUCUAUUAGUCAAUUCUGAAUCAAAAAUAUCUGCCCAUAACUCCUGGAUUCAGGCUUCAAUAUGCCAUGGAACAGCUGCUGCCACUGGUGAAAUAUCUGGACUUGGAGAUCAGCUUAGUCUUUUCACUGCAACUUGGGUAGGAAUGCUUGACCAACAUUGGCGAAUGAAAUAUCAGACCCAGGCUCCCAUUAGUGGUAUUUCCUGGCAACCUCUCCAGGCCACUGCCACUGUUUAUGGUUCAACACAAGUGCUGUCUGCACGUUUCACCAUCCACAGUGUCCCACUUUAUUUUGGCUGUCUUUCUUCACUCCUUGUUGGUAUAGCAUCUGCCAUUGCACUCCAAAGGACUUUCAACAGGAGGAAAGUUAUAAUCAAAGAAGCUGGAAUACUCCACUGCAUUUGGAUGCUUCAAUGGUCUUCCUUGACACAUUCAUUUCAACAGUACCAAUUUUCACCAGAACUGAAUGUUCAAUGCAAUGGUUUAACACUGGAUGUUGUUCAGGAAAAUGAUGCCAUAUUAGAGCCACUUCCUGAUCUUUCUGACACACCUGUGGAGAGGAUGCAGAGACAAUAUAAUGGUCAAUAG